CGACUAAGCAUAGCAUCAUCCUACAGGCGUGAUGAUAUGUUACAAAAAAGAGUAAACCAUCUCAAGUCAACCUAGACGAUCACUGUUUCUAGUUGACAAUCUUAGAGAAUGAAAGCAUUUCAGAUUAAUAGAUUUGGAGAGAUACACUUCCCUCCGGAGUAGAUGUAAGUAAGAUGGGUGCGGAGGAGAGUAGAGCAGGGAAUUAUGGGUUGAUGGGGCCGGGGUCUGUCAAUAGAAAUAUGAAUAAACAGAUUCAGAGAGCCAGGCCCUGGUCGUUAUUACAUCAGUGUUCUUUAGAUCAAUGGAAGGCAGGCCAUGCAGAAGCAGCAGGGUUUCAGGAAGUCCACAUGGCCUGUAGUGGUAUAGUGUUUAAAGACUGUAGCGUAACAUUUUGUACUAGUCGUCAAGGCAUCAUCAACAUUAAAUCUGGUCCUAUUUUUAGUUUUAGACGCAAAAGUAAAUUCACCAAAAUGGCAGAACAUUUUGAAUAUAAUCAUAUCCCAGCACACCUUUCAUCUAUUCAAAAUUUUCACGUAAAAAGUGUGGUGUGUUAUAAAGGCAAUACAGUUAUAUUACAUUUAGUACGGAAUUUGAUGACACAGUUUGGAAUAAUUGACCUUCAACAGAAUAAAUUUCUAGGUAUAUUUGGACAUCAAACAGUGGAAUAUGUAAAUGAGGCAUUACGUGGAGAAAUAAGUCCAGACGGCAACUAUGUAAUGAUCAAAAUACCAUCUUUUAGCACCGGAAAUAACACUUUUGUCUUCCAA